CAGACAGCAAAACCAAAGGCAGUACACAGCCUGUGAUUUUACUGGAACUAUUUUUUUUUUUCAAGAGUAAUUGGUAAUGGACAGUACAGACGAAGUAGACGAAGAUGACCAGCUUCUUAAUUAUGCCAUCCAGCUCAGUAUUGAGGAGUCUUGGAGCAACAAUAUUCCAGCAAGUGUGGAAAAUCUAAAGAUUUUUGAGGCAAUCAAAAGGGGUGACCUGCAUAUGCUGCAGGAGAUGUCAGACUACCCAGCUGCAUUUACUGAGGUGGAUGCUAAAGGCUGGUACCCGCUCCACAGGGCAUCAGUACAACAGUCAGUACAAGUGCUGGAGAGAGUGAUAUAUGCAUCUUACAGACUGACCCUUGAGGAGGAAACAGCAGACAGAGAGACACCUUUGACUCUGGCUACUCAAGCAGGAUUAGUAGAGAUUGUUUGCACUUUGCUGGAACAUGGAGCUUCUCCUCACAGAACCAAUGGCAGGAAUGAAUCUCCCCUGUUACUGGCUGUAAGAACCGAUUCUUAUGAUAUAGCUUUAGCACUUAUAGAAAGAGGUGCACUGGUUAACCAGAUCUGUUUGAAGAAGUGGACAGCUAUUCAUGAGGCUGCUAAAGUGGGCUGCAUUGAUAUCCUGAAGCUUUUAUUGCAGCAUGGAGGCCAGGUCUCAGAAACAGAUCAACAUGGCGUGACCCCAAUGGGCAUCGCUGCAGAAUAUGCCCAGGCGGAGGUUCUAGAUAUCCUUAUUCACAAUGGUGGUGAUGUAAAUGCUCAGGCACCAAAUGGAGACAGUGUUCUAUAUGAUGCUGCUGGUUCUGGUAACCCUGACUGUAUUGACCUUCUCCUCCGGAAUGGGGCCAAUCCCAACAUUGCCAACCUCUCUUCACAGCUCCCUAUUCAUCGAGCUGCUUACGAAGGGCACUACCUCGCUUUGAGGAUGUUGAUUCCUAUUACUACAAGAAGAGCUUUGCGGCUUACAGGCCAAAGUCCGGUUCACUCGGCAGCAGAUGGCGGACAUACACAGUGCCUCGAGCUUUUACUGGAGAAAGGCUUUGAUGUCAAUUCCCUUCUAGACAAGCAUAUCUCUGAAAAUUACGGUGAUAUGAGGAAGACACCACUGUACUUUUGUGUCUCCAAUGGAGAUGUGACUUGUACUCAGUUGUUGCUCAGAGCUGGUGCUAAACCUGACCUGGAUCCUCUGAGCUGUCUUCUGGUGGCAGUGAGAGGUGGCAGAUAUGAGAUAGUCAAGCUGCUUCUGGCCAGUGGAGCAAAUGUAAACUACUACUUCACAGUGAUCAAUGACACUCUGUUCCCCACUGCAUUACAGUAUUGCCUUAGGGAUGAGAUGAUGAUGAGGAUGCUACUUAACAGUGGAUAUGAUGCAGAUAAAUGCUUUGUCUGUCACCAUGAUUCAACUUGGACAGACCGAAGUCAUCACGCAGAUCAAUCGAGCGAAAAGAUCCCUUUUUGUGAUUUCAUCAGUGUCUCAUGGCUGGCGCAGUAUGCAGGAAAAGCUGUGCGUGUUCUCCUGGACUACGCCGGAUAUGUCCCAAUCUGUUCAAAAAUGAAAAUGGUUUUGCAAAAGCAUAAAGAAUGGCCAGACAUUUGUGAAAUUUUAGGGAACCCCCGCUCACUAAAGCAUACGUGCAGGCUGUUGAUCAGGAGAAAGAUGACUCCAAGGAAACUGGGGGACCCCGGCAUUAUCAACUCUGCUCCAUUCCCACCUUUACUUAAGAAAUACUUGAUGUAUAGGGAGUAUGACCUGUAUGGCAGCUUAUGUGCAGAUGAAUGAGCAUAUUUCCUCAAAGAACAAAAAAGGAACAAAGAGUCUAUCUGGUCCAUAGACUUUAAAGAUGACUGAAGGCAGGAAGCUUUUCUUCCAAACAUACAAUACUGACCUGUUAACAAUGAGAGAUGAAUUGCUGUAAUAAAUGAUAGCCAAAAAUGGCAAGUUAUAGUAGCAGCCAGUAAAGUUUCUUUGGGUCAAAGAUCUUAAAGGAACUACAAUAUGAUUUCAAAAAUAGUCUUAAGUUAGAAAUCGUGUAAAUGGAGUAUGCUUUAAAAAUGCAGCUUUCUGGUGCUAUCAUGAAAGACCACUUUGAUUCAUGUAUGUUUAAAUGCCUGUUCUUUGUUCUGAAGAGUACUGUAAAUAUCUUUUCAUAUGCCAA